CGUGCGGAUUGCUGCGCGGGCCCCCCGGAGAGCCGUGCCGACCUCCCCACGCAUUACGUCGCCCUCACUUCCGGGUUGCUGGUUUCCGGUUGCCGCCAUCUUCCUCGGGCGGAAGCCGGCUGCUUGGUGGGAGCUCCGGAGCUAGAGUGCCGUGGGGAGCGCUGUCGGCCGGUGCCAUGCCGUCGUCGCCGCUGCGGGUGGCGGUCGUGUGCUCCAGUAACCAGAAUCGGAGCAUGGAAGCACACAACAUCCUCAGCAAGCGGGGUUUCAGUGUCCGGUCCUUUGGAACAGGAACUCAUGUGAAGCUCCCAGGACCAGCACCUGACAAGCCCAAUGUUUAUGACUUCAAAACCACAUAUGACCAGAUGUACAAUGAUCUCCUCAGGAAAGACAAAGAACUCUAUACACAAAAUGGAAUUUUACAUAUGUUGGACAGAAAUAAAAGGAUCAAGCCCCGUCCAGAAAGGUUUCAGAACUGCAAGGACCUGUUUGACCUGAUCCUCACUUGUGAAGAAAGAGUCUAUGACCAGGUUGUAGAAGACCUGAAUUCCAGAGAACAGGAGACCUGCCAGCCAGUGCAUGUCGUCAAUGUGGACAUCCAGGAUAACCAUGAAGAGGCCACUCUGGGGGCAUUCCUCAUCUGCGAGCUCUGCCAGUGUAUCCAGCACACUGAGGAUAUGGAGAAUGAGAUCGAUGAGCUGCUGCAGGAGUUUGAGGAGAAGAGUGGCCGGGCCUUUCUGCACACUGUCUGCUUCUACUGAGCCAGCCGUGGUUGGUGAGCAGCCUGCCCUGCACAGCCACCUUUGGAGCCUCUUUUUCAAUCUGUUUCCCGUUCUGAUGUUUGUUUAUACUGCUAGGUGUAUGUCAUCUAUGUACUGUACAUAUGGAAUGAGAAGUACACAGAAAUGUCAGGUUGAAAUCAUUGUUUUUAACCAAGAGAAAUAAAGACGGUUUACUGUACAGUCUA